CCAUUUUCAACUACAAACCCGACUAUCAAACACAAACAUACUAAACACCGAAUCAAAUUACCAUGGAUGCGGCAGAAGAAGUGAUUUUAAAAGCCCUGGACUGCCAAAAAGACACAAAAAGUGUGAUAGACCGAGGAGACUCCACAGUCCAGCAGUUUUAUAAGGACAGCACCGUGUUCCUGACUGGAGCAUCAGGGUUCCUGGGCAAGCAGCUCGUGGAGAAACUCUUCAGGACUUGUAAACUGAAGAAAGUAUAUGUUUUGAUGCGACCUAAGAAAGGAAAAUCAGUCGAAGAAAGAAUUGAUGAAAUAUUACUAGACCCUCUAUACGACAUACUUCGGAAAGAGAAACCAGAUUUCACAAGAAGAAUAAUUCCCAUAAUAGGAGAACUAGCUGAGAAGAAUCUGGCCAUCAGUGAAGCUGACAGAAGAAUUAUUAUCAAAGAGGUGGACAUCAUAUUCCACGUAGCAGCCACCAUAUCCUUCCAAGAACCACUCCGGUCUGCUGCUCUGGUCAACGUCAGAGGUACGAAGGAGAUGAUCGUGGUGGCUAAACAAUGCAGGAGAUUGAGGUCUUUCGUCUACAUGUCGACAGCAUACUCCCACGCUACCUACAGCAGGGGGGGUACUGAAAUCAUGGAGGAGUUCUACACCAGUCCCAUGUGCCCUGAACUGAUGAUUGAACUGGCCGAGUCUUUGGAAGAGGAGCGGCUGAACAGGAUUAAGGAUGAACUCAUCAAAGACUGGCCCAACACUUAUUCUUUCACGAAGGCGCUCGCAGAAGAGUUACUAAGGAUCAACUCCAAAGAAUUACCUGUUUCUGUGAUCAGACCAGCUGUUGUGGUAUGUGCAAGAAGAGAACCCUACGCCGGCUGGAUAGACCUCAGCAGCGUUUUUGGACCAAGUGGGAUCACCCUAGGCUGCAUGAUGGGAGUGAUCCACUCCCUCCAGUCAGUCCAGGACAUCAGGAUAGACUUCGUACCAGUGGACUAUGUGAACAACACUGCCAUAGUAGCUGCUGCAGCCUCCAAGGGAGCUACCAAGAUCUACCACGUCGCUACUAGCAAGAGGAAUCAUCUGACUUGGGGUGGUCUAACCAACAUCCUAAAUAACGUAGCUCGAAGAACUAUAGUAUCUCCCCACGCUAUCUGGUACUGCUUCGUGGUCCAGUCUCCUUACCUGUGGCUGCAUCAGCUCGUCAGCUUCCUGCUGCACACCAUACCUGCUAACCUGGCUGAUGGUGCCUGUGUCCUGAUGAAGAAACCGCCCAGAUUGAAGAAGAUAUACACAACGGUGACAAAAAUGGCGUCGACGAUAGCAUUCUACUCAAAUCAUGGAUGGAUAUUUAACGACACAAACGCCUUGCAAUUGUUUCAGAGUUUGUCAAAAUCUGACAGAGUUAUUUACCAUUGUGAUGUCUCAGAUUUGGAGUGGACAGAUCUCAUUGUUUUAUGGUGUGUCGGUCUACGCAAAUAUAUUGUGAAAGAUGGUCUUAAUACGACACAAAAAGGAAUGAAAAAACAGCUAAUAUUUCGUAUCACAACCUAUGUCAUAAGUUUCGUGUUUUUCGCAGUUAUUUUACUACUUUUCUAUUGUUUAUUUAAGUUAUUAUUUAGUUUCGUUUUUGGUUUUUAAUAUAAUUUUGUAGUUGAGUAAUAAAUAACAGUGUUUUUG